AUGGACGAUGUAGCCGCAUCGCAGCAGCUCAUGGACGAAGAAAGCACGCGCGCUGCCGCCCAUGGCACCAACGGCGACGACAUCACCCUCCCCCAAACCAACGGCAGCCACGACCCGUCAUCACCCUUGCAGAAGAAACGCAAGCGAAAGAGCGCGCACAAGUCUGGAAAGAACAGUAUUGCAAUACCACCGGUUACCCCCCAAGACAAGCUAGCUGAAAGCGAGGUUCCAACAUCCUCGCCGUUUCCCUUUCCAGCGACUCAACUGGAAACCGAAUCUUCUGCCGCCAACGUCUUCACGCACUCGACCGCAAUCGAGGUACCAGACUCGCAAAUCGCCGUACCACCCGCGCACGCGCUUGCUUCAUCACCCAUGUCCAGCCACGUCGUUCCGUCUAGCGCCACGAAAAGCAAGCGGACAUACAAGAAGAGCAAGCAGACAAAGCGGGAUCGACUCAGUCGCGACGCCAUGCGAGAAGGAGACAUCACUCAUAAGGGGGACAUGACCAUAGUUGCCGACGAGGCAGCUUCUCAACCACAUAUGUUAUCCAAACGCAAGUCUUCACAAGUCGACGAUUCAGGAUCAGGGUUGCCUGAGAAGGCGGAGGCUGCGCCUGCGUCGCAAACCGUACAUUCACGCAAAGCUGCUAUAGAAGCUGUGGACGGGACACCCACACCAGCCAAACGGCGGAAGAUUGGUAAGCCAAAGAGUGCGACUAGAGUAAGGGAUCUUAUCCAAGGCGGCUCCAUUCAUGACGGCAAUGACGAAGAUGGCGACCUAUUACGGAGUGUCGAGAAGACUAAAUUGAAACGAAUCAAAAAGCCGCAAACACCGGUCUCGAAAGCGAAGAACAUAUACGAGAUUCCCGACGAUGAUCCACGUCCCACGAAUGCACAUGGCGAGGACACGGAGGCCAGCGGUAACGCCGAGCACAACGACAAUCCGGACACUGGGGUUGCGACUACCAUCAAUGGUUUUGCACAACCUGGAGAUGCUGGAGAAGUCAACACUCCCAAGGACAGAUCUACUCGUAAACCACGUGGCAGUUUGAAGAAGACGAAGAAGACGAAAGACGAGAUUCCCGACUCGGCUGCUCCAGUUCGCACACCCGGCCAGCCAUUGGAUGAGGAUGGCAACGAGGACAGCAUUAUGCGAGAGCCUGUUUCCAGUGACGAAGAUCACAGACCUGACCCACCGCCCCACGAUGUUCAUGUCAGCGAGUCUGACAAGAAAGAGAAAAAGAAGAGACGACGAUCAAACGGUACCUCUGCGAAGAAGGCCACACCACGGCGGGAGAGCGGCAAAUUUACUUAUACUAGAAGGAAGAUUCAGAUUGGUACUGCAGCGGAGAGGGCACUGAACGUGGAUCAUGAAUUGAACCAUCCUCCUGAUUUGCGAAGUACCGGCGACUUCACCCAGGACGAGGAAGAGCUGAUCCGUAGAGCUAUCCAGGAUUUCCAGCAGAGGAAGGGAUUGGAAGUAUCGGAGCUUGUCGACAUUAUACAAUGGAAUUCACAUGACCCUGGCUUCAACCGCGGCGAUGGAACCGUAGCGGGAAAGAACGAUUGGACUCCACAAGAUAUUGAAGAUGCACGAGAGAGCGCUGAGUUCUGGGAUGAGAUCAAGCACAUCAAUAUACAACGCUCGUUUGACAGGAUGAGGAGGCAUAUCCGCCAGACAUAUCACCAGUUCAAAAGCGGGGCAUGGACGGAUGAGGAGGACGAGCGACUAAGAAAUCUGUAUGCGAUGCACCCAAAUAAAUGGAAAAUGAUCUCAGUAGGUAUGGGUGAUCGCUCAAUGCACGACUGCCAGAAUCGUUGGCGCGACUACUUGCAAUAUGGCGAUAAGCUGAAGUCUUCACGCUGGGAUCCAGAGGAGGAAGAGCUGUUCAUGCGCGCCAUCACAACGGUCGCCCAGAGAGACGAAGACCAUCGCGCUGAAUCAGGAUUACCGCCCUUGGAUGAAUACACCACCAAAGACAUCAGCUGGCAACAAGUCAGCCGUGAGAUGGACAACACUCGAAGCCGGAUCCAGGUUGUAGCAAAAUGGAGGAACUUGCAGAAGCGCGACCCCCCGCCACACAUCCAAGUGGAGCACAAGCCGAGAAAGCACAAACCUGCUUCUUCUGCAUCUGCUGCUAUCGACCCAGCUCCUAGGAAACGUGGACGACCGCGGCAGGGCGAGAGUGCAACACCCAAAGCGCAUCACAAUGGCAAGUCGCAGCAAGUUAUCGAUAAUUCGGACGAGGAUGAAAGCCACAGCGCGCCGCUACCAAAGAAACGUGGACGACCAGGGAAGAGCGAGGGCUCGGUGGUAAAGAAGUUCAAGAAAUUCCGCACGACUGAGACAGAGGACAUUGUUGAUAACUCAGAGGAGGAGAGAGAGGCUAACAAGGAAUCGAGAGGCUCGCCGUCAAGGAAGAGGAACAAAAAAUCGCAGAGGAACGAAGUUGUGGAAUCCGACAAGCUUAAGAAGUCUCGCUCGACGACGAUAGGAGAUGACAUUGAGAACUCAGAAGAGGACGAGGUUCGUGCUGGCCAGGGAUUGAACACCUCGCCGCCACUAAAGAAGCGUGGACGACCACGGAAGACUGAUGAUCUAAAAUCGGACGAACUCAAGAAACGUCGCAAGUCGAAGGUGUCUCAGGAAUCGGUUGAAGAUCUGGAGCUUAGAGAAGACGACCAGUCUGAGCAUGCAGAGAGCAAUGACAAGCCUUUGGACGAUGUCAACCCCGGUUUAGUCAGGGAUGCGAACGGCGGUGAACCGCAGGAGGACGGUGAUGAUGCAGCGCUGAUGGAGAACGAGGACCUGUCUAGUAUAGGGUCCCCAUACAGCGUCACGCGUAACAUUCUACCUGAUCAAUAUCCCGAUGAUGGCAAUGAAAGCGUACAGAACGACAAUGAGAUUGUGGACCCAGCCGAGGAUGAGGAGGAUCAGCCCAGCAUUGCGCCCAACAGUCCGACAAAAGACACGAUGGACGACCAGUUAGAAGAGGGUAGUGAUGCUGCAUCGCAAAAGGAGAACGAGGACAUCUCUGGUGAGGAAGACAAUAAGCCCAGCGUUAGGCACAAUGGACCAGCAGAAGACAUGGACGAUGAUCAGCCAGAGGACGCCAAGGAUGCUGUAUGGCAAGAAGAGCACGAGGAGCCAUCCGGCGAAGGGAAUCAAACCAGCGGCACGCCCAACAUUCCAGAUGGUGGAAAACCAACUAUAGCCGACACCACCAAAAUGCAAUGGGGCGACCUCUACGACCUCAUCGCCAAACUCCAAGAGCGUCGCGACGAAGAGGAAGGAGAAAUUGACUGGGAAGGAGUCGCAGAAGAAGUGGCAACAGAUCGGAACUAUAUUUGGUCUGCGCAAACAUUGAAAACGGCUCUAGAGGAGAUGGUUCAACUUCUCCGUGAUAACGACAAAGAGGUUGAUGUGGAUGAUCUCCCGGGUACGGUUGAUGAUAUUAUGGAUUUCAUCAGCGAGAAACAUGGGAAUGAGAUUGAAGAGUACUAUGAUAUGUCGUAG